AUGUGUAUAUCUGCAUUGGAAGGUCGAGGGAUAAAAGAAGGCUAUAUCGUUUUCCAUCAUUCACCAUAUGCGAUCGGUCCGGUUUUGGCUUGUUAUACAACAACACCAACAGCACAAAUGACACCAUCGUACCUGCAUCCAGCUAUGUCAGAUAUUCCAAAACGACUUCAACUUGAGCCAACUAGCAACGAAAUCGAGGACAAAAAUCGAAGACAAAUAAUCAUUUGCAAUAAUGAAGCAAUGUGGUCCGAACAAUAA